ACGUCGUGCUACUGCCGUGCUAAGCUGGCUCGACUGUAGCUCGACUGCAGCACGACACUAGCACGACUUGGUCUCAGACGUCGAAAUAGAACGGCUGUUGCCGAAAACAAAACACACAAAUAAAGAAACGGUUUAGCAAACUUUUAAAUAUAUUCUAAUGUAUUUAUAAUUUAUGAAUUAAGUUCGGCACGGCGGUAGCACGACGUUUGAAACCAAGUCGAGCUACUGCCGUGUAGCACGGCAAGGCUUGCUGUGCUACACGGCUCUAGCACGACUUGGUUUCAAACGUCGCACUACUGCCGUGCUAUAAAAGUCGAAAUUAAUUCGAUCGAUUGAGUUCGACACGGCAGUAGCACGACGUUUGAAACGGGCCUAAAAGAUUCUUUUCAUAUGACUGUAUGAUUGUCAGAAAAUAUGUAUUUAUUUUUGUCUAAAAUUAUUAGAAAUUAUAUAUAUGUUUUUUUGAAUAAAAAUAAAGAUAAAAAAAAUCUUGUUGAUUGGAAAGCUGUGCCAGUUUUUUUAAUGCAUUAUCUGUUCUGUGCGAACUACUGUAGUUCUCAGAGAGUUCCCAGAGCCUCUGCUGGGCUAUCCAGUUUCCAGGGAUUGCCGCGUAUUUCAAAAUUUACUUCUCUCGUGACUUCAGCAGUGUGCAGCAUGUGAAUUACACUUUAAACCUCAGAGUCCUGUUAUUUCUUUGGCAAUGGAGGAGGCCUUACCACUUUUGCGAGAAAAUAGUUCUAACUCUUAUCGGCAGUCAAGAUGCUAUAUACCCGCUCGAUACGUCCUAGCAGCUUUGUCCUGUUCGGGUUUUUGUGUGAUGUAUCUUCUCCGAGUGAAUUUGAGCGUGGCUUUGGUGGCCAUGGUCAAUUCCACCUACGCGAACGAACAGGCGUCUGCAAAUAACCCGGAAUGUCAAAGAAAUUCUUCCACAGAUUCCGAGAAGAAGGUAACAAGGAAAGGAGUCUAGUCUUAUUGCCUUGUUGUAUUCUUUGUUGUUUGCCCGCGUCUCCGACCGCUUGUCUUUGUCUUAGCAGUGGAACACCAAAAUAGCGCUAACUUGCCGAAAACGCUUCAAAACGGCCUGAGACGCGGGCAAACAACAUAGAAUACAACAAGGCAAUAAGGUAAGUCGAUUUUAUUUAAAAACAUAACAUUUGUUUCUCUUUUAAGAAAAGCCGUUUACAUCCCAUACAACCGUAUGUAACACAACACCGCUCGCAAGCAAGAGUCACGUCCGAGCUUGCGACGCCUGUGAUAUAGCGCGUCUUACCAGCCGCCUUACCAUCUUGAUUUUCAAAUGUACCGAGGGGGCAGGCGUCGGGGAUUAUAGCUCUAGCAGCAGGGGGCGAGAAAAAUAAAAAUAAAAAUAUUUUUCUCGCUUCCUCCCAAACCGCGCCCCCUGCUCCUUAAGUAGUUUUGACAUGGGUUGGGUCCCAUGUCGCCCGUCUGAAUUUUAAAACGUGUCGUGUCGGUGUUUAUAUAUGCUUGUCGCUUAUGUUAUCGUCGUCUUUGCCGUCACUGUCGCAAUAAAUGAGUUACUUAUUCAAAGUCUCACCUUGAAAAAUUUCUAUACCUGUCGCUUAGCGCGAUUAAUUAGCCCAGUGGGAUCUUUAUGAAUCUAUUGUAAACGAUUUCUUCCUGAUUUCUUUGCUUCUUGAUUUGAAAAUCAAUAACCGCAAGCCAUAUCCUCGCUAAUACUGUAAGCUGAUCUUGCGAGCCCUCAGUCUCUUGGUUUGCGGUAUAUAGAAUGUGUUUAACGAAAAAAGUGACCCAUUUUUUCAGAGGUUUUCGACUGGUUUUGAUGUUCUAACGACCAACAAAUCUCCUCUGGAGCCUGUGGGAGGUUUUCUCUUGUCGCGAAUUUAUUUUACGCGCUGUCGCUACUUUUUGGGCCAUGUCGCUUGUCGGAAUUUACCCUGGCAGGGCCUCUACAAUGGGUACCAAUAAUUUGGCAUUAAAAUUGUCAUUAGCAGUUAUUGGAUGAGGCUCAGUAUGAUAUGAAGAAUUAUGCAGACAUGCAUAAUUUGCCAUACUAUACACAAACCGACUAGUCAAAUUUUGCGUGAUUUUUAGGAACGAAAUCGCGGCAAAAACAGCCGAUUUCGAGGGAAUUUCGCGGAAAUUUUCGGGGCAAACUUAGCCGGAAAGUAAUCGGUAAAAAACGGCGGAUUUUGUGGUUAUUUUCAGGGCAAAUUUCGCUUGAAAUUGAUCGGUUUUGCGUUGAUCAUACCGGCGUUUUUACUGUUUUUCUAACAGAGGUCAUCAUUUGCUCUUUCAACAACAAUACGCUCCGGAAAUGAACCAAUAGCAAAGCCUUUAACAUCAUGGCUAGUGCCUAGUUUUUCGCAACAAAAUCUACGCCUGGUACUUUCGGAACGUUGUUUCAUCCGUGAGGAAGUUUGGACAUAAAUUUGCGAGUUUACGGCAAGUAAAUACUCCCAGUAGCUGAGACAAGUUUCAAAAUUGCUGUACAGACAUGUAUUUGAUAAGAUUGCUACCGAAUUUCGCGGUAUUUUGCGUGUUUUUGGGAAUUUCGCGAGAUUUCGCGGAUUUACGUGAAUUUCGCGGCUCCGCGACCGCGCGAAAUAUCAGAAGCCCUGUUAAUAUGUAAUUAUUUUUCUUCUGUAGGAUGGAGAGUUUAACUGGGAUCAAAAGACACAAGGUAAUGUGCUCACCAAAUCUCUUUACAGGAAUUAUUCAGUAAAUGCCUUGACCUGAUAAUUAAUACAAGAAGCGUUGCCUCCCUCAGUUUGGUCUCAAAAUAAGGAGGGGGCCCAGGCCCCCCGGGCCCUUCCCCGGGGUUCGAUACUCUAGUCUGUGCCCAGUCUGAAUGGUUUAUCACAGUUACCAUUUUCAGGUCUAGGAGAGUUUGAAUUUUAUCAUGUUACUUCAUUUUGCUCAAGAUUGCAGCCUUCCAUGGAGGGUAAAGAACCCCUUUGUGGAUGUGCGCUGUGCUACAUUGCACUAUUAGUAGUUGUUAUUGUUGUUGACUGUACAAGCAGUUUCUUGUGUGCCAUAUUGUAGCCUCAUCUCUCUUCUUAUCUGACAUGAGCUACAUUGGUUAGCCAUUUAGGUGUUUAGAUACUCUAGUGUGUGCCCAAUCUGAAUGGUUAUCACAAUUGCUGUUUUCAGAUCUAAGGGAGUUUCAAUUUUAUCAUUUUAUUUCAUUUUCUUCUUGCAAUAUUGGAUGGAGGGUAAAGAAUCCCUUUGUGGAUGUGCUAGAUUGUACUAUGAGAUUUUUAUUUAUUGAUCACAAUACUUGGUUUUUGGCUGUUUAUAGGUCUAAUACUGGCUUCAUUUUUCUUUGGCUAUGUCAUCACUCAGUUACCAGGUGGCUGGCUAGGAACACGGUUUGGUGGGAAAUAUUUGUUAGGCCUUGGAGUGCUCUGCACUUCUGUGUUGACAAUUUUCACUCCCCUUGCUGCACGUCAUAGUGCUGGGAUGUUAAUUCUGGUGAGAAUACUGGGAGGAUUAGGACAGGUAAACUAGUUAGUUGCAAACAUUUUGUAGUGGAUUUCUUUUAGUACUAAUUAUAAUGACUCCUUGCUUGUGUGGCAGGCAAAGAAAAAGGGACGGGGAAGGGGGAAUUUAAGUGCAAGCGAGAGUGUGCAAGGGGCAUGCGUGGAGGGGAAACACCCACCUCUUAGAGGCCCUGGAGUUCUCUCGUACCCAAAUUCCCCUAUCGCCUUCUUAUUUUAACGCCUGCUACACAGGCUCUAUAAAUCCUGUAAAACCCAAUAAAGGCAAAGAAAAGGUCAAAUGAAAACACAGUUGUUAAAGUGGAAUGGUUAUGAAACCCGUUAGACUCCUUUGUUGUAAGAUUUUGUUAGCUUUUUUGGACCUAACCGUGCACAACGUUCUCUAGCAUUCCUAUUAUUUUGAACUUACAGGCCAAGAGAAACAUCGCAUUAAUUUAUUCAGUCGAAAUUUGUGAACAAAAAAACAAAGGAUUGUGCGUGGUCAGAGAGUGUUCAGCAUAAGCUACAGCACUAUUGUGUUGUUUCCAACUUGCCAGCUUUCAUAACCAGUCUCCUAUACUAAUUAUGAUGAAAAGUAAAAAGUUAUUCUAACUGAAGGCAAUUCGAAAUGAGCCCUGUUAUUAGUUCAAAUAAAGCAGAUGCAUGUGUAUAUGGAUUUAUGACACAAGUUUUUUUACCUACCUCAAGAAUGUAAACUUUAAAAUAGCUUCACUGUUUAAAUGCUCAAUACUCAGCUGCCAGCCCUUAAAAGUAGCCUUCUCUCCAUGAUAGAGACCAUAUUAAGAGUGGGAAAUAGAUUUUUCAUGAACAGGUUCCAUGAAAAAAGGCGUUUCAAUAACAAUUCGCCCAACCAUUCACAAUCCUCUCUUGGGAAUACCCAAGAUAAAGUAAGUAACCAAAUCUCAAACUACAUUGCUGAUGAAGUUCGAGUGAUUCGAACGAAAUUUUCGUUUUGUUUUAUAAAUCAAUUCAUUAAUUUUAUUUUUUAAUUUUGUGUAGACUUUUGGAAAUAGUUGUUGUUUUAUCAGGGAAAAGCCAUAAAGAACACACGGGUGAUUCUACGAAUCACGUGUACAACUAACGGCAAACGUCAGAUAUCAGGUUGACAAUUCGAGUAUCAAAUUAGCAAUAUCAGCAAAGAAAAACAGUUGAAAAUAAGUCAUAUGGAUGAACCUAAAAUGAAACCUAUUGCUGUGGCUUACAAGAGAUUGAAUUUGGUUACGUGCAUGGUGCAAAUUGAAGUCUGCCGUUUGCCGUAAACGUGAUUCUGAAUAUUUCUGGAAAGUAUCAUUCCCAGCUUAUCCUCUGUAAUAGGGGUUUGCUUUCUUACAUGUACCUUUAACCCCUUCAGCCUUGUUUAUACUUAAAGCAGUGCUGUUCACAUCAGUAUAAUUUAGUCUGUACAAAUAAAGUCACGUGAAUUAAAACAUUGCGCAGAAUGGCUAUUGUUCUCGGCCAUUGUAUUUGUUGUUGUUCGUCCUUCGAAAGUCGAAGAUAACCAUGUUGAAGAUAAACUUCGUGGCCGUCUUUGAUGCAUGUCUUUGAAACUUUUCUUCUGCCCUAAAAGACCACUUGCCUUGACAGAGUUCUCCCUACAAUACCUGCUUUGGUAGUCGGCAACCAGGCAUUCUGGCGACAUGGCCUGCCCAUGUAACCUGGGCUCUCUGUAGGAGGGUAUCAACGCUGGGGAUGCCCGCCCUUUCUAUGACCUCCGUGUCAGGAUUUUUGUCCUGCCAUCUGAUGUGGAGAAGUCUGCGGAGGCAGCUCAGGUGGAUAUGAUUGAGCUGGUUGGCGUGUACGUGUCUGCUGUACACAGUCCAGGUCUCACAUGAGUAGAGAAGAGGUGGUGAGUACUACUGCAUGGUAAACUUUCAGCUUAGUAGAGAGGCCGAUGGCUAUCCGUUCCCAGACAUUCUCACGGAGUCUUCCGAAGGUGACGCUGGCCUUAGCAAUCCUGUUGUUGACUUCAGUAUCGAUAUGAACCACUUUUGAGAGUGUACUACCCAGGAAGGUGAAGUUGUCAACUGCCUGUAAGUUCUGCCCCUUAACCGUAAUGUGUGGUUCCUGAUAAGGCUUUCCAGGUGCAGGCUGAUACAUGACUUUAGUCUUUUUGGUCAGGCCGAAGUUCUCACAGCCUUGAGAUGAGCAGUUCUUUCCAUGCUGCAUUAUCUGCUCUGUGUUGGUGCUGAGGGCACAGCUAGUCAUCAGGAAACAAGACGUCUCCGAUGACAGUCUCCUCCUUUGUAGCAGCCUUCAAGCGCCUGAGGUUGAACCAGCCCGUCGUCAGUCCUGUAUAUGACCGGUAUUCCGUCUUGGCAGUCAUGGAAGGCAUCAGUCACCAUGGCUGAGAAUACUAUACUGAAGAGCGUCGGAGCGAGAACACAGCCUUGUUUUACGCCGUUCGUUACUGGAAAGUAUUCUGACUCGUCUCCGUCAUGUCCAGAACUUUAACCAUUAUGCCUUCGUGAAACUGUCUUACGGUCGUUAUGAAUUUGCUGGGACAGCCAAACUUCUCCUUUGUCUUCCACAAGCCGUCUCUGCUUACCGUAUCGAAGGCCUUGGUCAGGUCAGCAAAGGUCACAAAGAGGUCGCUAUUCUACUCAUGGCAUUUUUUACCUACAGUCGAGUUGGAAACUUUGGUCAGUCUGUAAUAUUACAGGUGAAGGGUGAACUGAAUCACUUUUAUUGUUCGAGGUCUGUGCGGUAUUUCCUUAGUAGUAAAUAGCGCCUUGCCUAUCAACUUGUUAGAGCAGAGUAAAGAAGGAAAAAAAAGGCCAUGCGAGCUAUUGUUUCUUCUUUCGUUCCCUGGUAUAUCACUUUAACUGGCUUAUGCAGCGCGUGCUUACAAGCGGUAAUGAAUAUCAAAUGAUGUCCACUCAUGCGCGAUGAUGUCCUGAAAGGUCUGUUGUAAAUAAUUCCGGUAAUGUCAUGUUCCCUGCAGGGUGUAACGUUCCCAGCUAUGCAUGCCAUGUGGAGCUUUUGGGCCCCUCCCCUGGAAAGGAGCAAACUGAUCACUUUUUCUUAUGAAGGUAAGUACGUUAACCACCACUCGGUUGGAAGAACGCCCGUUUGCUGAGCUCGAGUUCGGAAGUUCGUAAAUUCAAAUCCGAGAAUCAGAGUUCUCAUAAUAAUACAGUCUCCCAUUCAGCUUGUAUUUGGAUUCGCACACAACCCUCCAUAUUCACUGCGGUCAAAACAGUAAAAUCUCCCAAGCAACGUUCGCCAGAAAUUAGGGUUGCUCGUACGUUUUACGGUCAAAAUUAGUGAGGUUAAGCAAAGUCGUUUUUGGACGACGCACACGUCAACCAGAAGUGAAUCCAUUCUUGAGCAGUUUUUUUGCCCAAUUUUUUUGAGACUAUAGACCUUGAGACUAUAAUCUCGCCUUGACACUAUAGAACCUUAGCAAUACAAAAUUGGAAGAGAAAGGGGCUCACUUAAACGCCUUUACUUAGGCUCCCUAAUAAGAUAUAGAUGCACCUCCAGGUUAGAUGUACACAAGUUCAGUGCAAGAAUAGCUGUUUAUUUUUCUGCCUUUCGUAUCACAAAGGGAAAGAACUUGGAACUAUUCUUGGCAUGCCAUUGGCAGGAGUUCUCUGUGCAUCUGACAUCUGGGGAGGAUGGCCAUCUGUAUUUUAUGUCUUUGGUAAGUAUUUCCCCUGCAAUACAGUGAAUAAGGAUCCCUCCUCCUGGGUAUACCUAAUUGUCAAUGAUGAUAUUUCUAUUUUUAGAGACAUCUCCAGUGGAGACCUAGACAUAACUGAUAUCUAGUUAGUGCAACGCGGUUGAACCGAAUUCCGCUAUGAAGAGCUGGGAAUGGCCACCAAAUAGAGCGUAAUAUAAAAAAGAAAACAACUCGUUAAUGGACGUUACCAAAUUGUUUGAUAUUGGCUAUUUUUCCAUAUAAAAUUGUAGAAUGUACCAAACUCAGCAUGAAGCAGGUUCGUAACCGAAGAAAAAAGCAGUUCUCAUGUUGACUUAAAGUAGAGCAGUAAAGGGACAUUCAAACACGUAGCAAAUAAACUAUGGAAGGUAUGGAUGGUCAAAACUAAAGAAGGUGAAACCGAUUGCAGUGAGUGGGGCUUUUGAAGCCGUUUAACCUGUCCGCCAAAGUGAAAGAUUAUAUAUCUGUUAUCUGUAACCUUAAAUAAUCAAUUACAACGUCGGGAAGACAUAUAUUUGUUUGUUUUGGAGCUGUGAGUUUGUCAAUUACAAAUAAUUUCGAAGCAACGUGAAAGUUUUAUGACGAGCAAUUGGCAUCUACGCCCUGACACCACCCUUUUCGGAAGAUACUUUUGAUGAAGGCGUACAUUCAGUAUGGGGACUUCCUCCAUUACGACGAUACUUUUUAGGAAUACCUCGAAAGUGAUAGUUAAAGUACUAUGAAACUCGCUUGUAGACCAUAGGUAAAUGAAUUUAGUUUCUUCUUGACCAUGUACUUAUUCCUUUUACUCCUAAUUGUGAUAAAAUUUUCACAACAAACAUUCCAAUAUCCUUUUGUAGAUAACUAGAAAAUAAGUAAUUCUUGAGAAAGGUUCUGUCAAAGGGGUUUCAUGUGAAUGGUAACACCAUAGCAUUUUCGAAAUGAAGAGGUCGUCUUCGCAGUAUUUGUGAUGGGCUCGUUUAUCGUUUGUCUCCCGAUGGAUGGUACUUUGUUAUGAAUCGCGUAGUCUUGCGCGUAGCCUGGGACCAGUCCCUGCAGUGGGGGAAAAAGGCAAAAAAAUGGGUGAAAUAGGAAAAAUAUCGACGAGUGGGGGAAAAAAAAUUCGCUUUCCGAAUUUUUUUCCCGCACACCGGUGUUUUUCUCUUUUUUUCCCCAAUGCGGAGCCUGGUCCCAUGCUAUCUUACGCGUUGUCGUGAACGAAUACGUUUGUGUUUCUUUACAUACUGACAGAUUGGUGUACUUUGAAUUAAAUGUUUGAUUUAGGUGGUGUUGGCAUUUUAUGGUCUUUCAUCUGGAUGAUGUUUACGUACAACAGACCAGCUAAUCAUCCAAGAAUAUCCAUCAAAGAGAGAGAAUAUAUUCAUGCUACUAUAGGAGCAGAACAGGACAAAGGAAGAAGAGUACGGGAAUUAUGCUAUCUUUAUUUAGUAGCACCCUUUUGUCGCUAAACAUAACUAUAACAAAAUUCAGUACUCAUAGAACAGUGUAAUAGGACAGUACUCGCCAUUGCGCGUGUGCACUUGAAUGGCUUUUUGACUGCGCACGUAAGUCAUGCACAGAAGAGCUCUGGGUCGAGAUUGACUGCUAGCAAAAGAGGCUAUCAGAAAUUCUUCGGUUUUGAUUUAAAAGAAAGCCUAAAAUUUCGCAAAUUUAGUACAGUUAUGAUCAAUUCAUUUGGUAAGAGAACGUUGUGUCAUCCAAUUCGGUCUGUGAUAAUACUCGUGAUUAAACAAAUCGGACUCCCGCGGUUUCCGAUUUUGUUAAUCAUUCGUACUCAUUCCUAUUACAAUUAUUAAUCAUUUUGUUAACAAGUUGGCCAGUUACCCUUGUUUCUUACCAAUAAAUGAAGACGCCACUACUCGUGUCUGAGAGUGGUAUCCUGUUUCCAGUUCAGCGUGGUGGCAAGUGUUUCAGGGGAAGGGACUUGGGCGUCUUUAUUCCCAUUUUUUUUCUCCUCCGGGAUGGUUUGCAUUUUCAUUUGUUUCCAUUAUUAAAGUCGCCUUCUAGGGCUAAAAUGCAGAGUUUCUGUGAGGAAUAAUUGACAGUGAUUUCACAAACUUGUUGAUGUAGCAUAUUUUAUUGUAUUCUAAUAUCGGGAAAUCUUGUUCAGAUAUUGAUGUAAAGAAAAGAAAUAUCGUACUUCACUGAUGUAUCGGUGUAUCAUCGCAGUCCUAUCAGUUUGUUCACAAGUUAUUCAGUUUUCCUCGUUUCUUAUAUUAGCAAGAAAGAAAGACGUAGUGGCUUUAUGCGACUGAGAGUGGCUAUCCUGUGUGGAAGGGUCUGAGGAGAUUAAGGGACUCGCGUACCUUUAUUGCUCUCCUCCCCCGUGUGUUACCCAUUUCCCUCCACUUCAAACGCCUUUCACGCAUACUAGCUCCAAACGUUCAAAUAGGCUUCCUGUGUGCCCCCCGACACUCCCAGUAUUCCCCAUUUGGCAAAUAGUACGGAACUUUCCCUCGAAAGUUCCCAGAACGCACGAGAACUGAAUUGUUGAAUUUCCAAAAGGCGAACCAUUCGACCGAAAUGGAAUGAAUGGAAACAAAACUUCCGGGAAGAAAAUUUUGAAAAGCUUGGUACACCUCGCGUGGUUGUCCUCUUCUUUCAUAAAUUUUCGGAAAUUUGGUCUAUUUGAUACUGGAAGUUGCCAGAAAUUUAAACAGGAGAUGUUGGUUGAAUGGAAUUUGCGAGGUGGGGGUAGGGUGGAGGAGUGGCACGGGUUUUUCCAGGUUUUGGAAUACCAUAAAAUUCCGAAAAUAAGCCCCGGGGCUUAUAUUUUUCAAAGGCCCUUUUUGAGGGGCUUAUUUUUGGAGGGGCUUAUAUUCGGAGGGGCUUAUCUACGGAGGGAAAUUUGCAUUUAUUUGGUAUUUGACCCACUAACUGCAUUGUUAAUUUUUUCAGAAAUAUGACACCCCAUGGUUUGCAAUCUUCACUUCGCCAGCCGUGUGGGGGAUAAUUGUCGCAAAUGUCUGCAACAACUGGGGUUUUUACACCUUUCUUACUUGUUUGCCAUCGUAUUUCAAAGAAGUUCUCAACUUUUCAAUUUCUCAGGUGAGAAAGACGCAUUGUUAUAGAUCGCUUGUGGAAUGGGUACAAAGACGGGUGAUCCCGCACCUAUUUGAAAGAUUGUUUUUAUUAGCUGGGAAAACAAUAGGGAUUGUCACAUAACAAUGCGCCUAUCCCUGAAAACAGUGGAAGUGCAGAUUAAAGUGGACCACUGAAGUAAGAGGUUUAGAACGGUGCAGGUCUGGGGCACAAAUACUGGCGGCGAACCUCUCCGAUAUUAAGUGACGUUCCACUUUCGAGAUGGGAGCGGCGCGGCUUCGCUCCUACCCUGAAAUCGCGCCGAAAUCGCUGUUUUUGUAUGUGAGCAGAAGCCAUACCCGGUACGGGUUUCGUGCAGACGCAAGAGCUUUCCAGUUUAGUGUAAAUGCCAUCAAAAACGGAACGGUUUUCGGGAUGACAAAAUGUGAUCGUAAGGUGAGGCUAUUUUUGUAAAUGUACAGCUUACAAAUCUGAAUUUCCUUGUUGGGUCGGGGGGCACUUGGGUAUUUUUUGGGUGGGUGUGUGCCGCGCUGGACUCCAAAUUGGCACCCCGUUCUAAAAACAAAUUCUCCUAAAAUUGAUACCCCGUACUAAAAAUGGGCCAAUUUUUUAUACCCCGUUCUAGACUUCGCCCUAAAACUGACACCCCGUUCUAGAAAUGGGCCAAUUUUUUAUAUUCCGUUCUAGAAAGUUUGUAAAUUGAAAUAGCCUUUUUUUUUUAAAAAAGAUAUUUCUUUAUUUGUUCGACUUAUACAUCAAAUAAAUGCUUCUUCAUAAUCAGCAACAAUUUGACGCAGAAGAUAAAGCCGUGAUUCACAAUUUUUUAUACUCCGUUCUAGAAAACGCCUCUGAAAUGGAUACCCCGUUCUAAAUCAGGAGCUUCAAAAUCACGACCCCGUUGGGCGGCACAUACCCGUAUAGGUAAUGUAUGGGAGUACCUCCCCCGGGGUUGUCGUCCAUUCCACUUGUCAUCUGACCUUUUGACUUAUGCGGUGUUCGGUUACUACCGGAAGCCCUUAUAUAUUUAUUUAGUUUUUCCGCAUUCCAUGCCAGUGCAAGUUAAGUUGUUGUGAAUUCAGUUUUUCUUUUGCGACUUAGGGCCUGUUCACAUGGGGCCCCAGAUAGGUGAGGUAACCCGCUUGUGUGGGGUAACCCGCCCGUCUAUAUAAUUUUUUAUUUCAAUUUGGUCUCGUUUACAUGAUAGGUGAGGUGACCAUAUGAGCGAUUGUAUGGACAGGAGGGUUGCCCCACCUAAGCGGGUUACCUCACCUACCCUGGGUCCACCAUCUCCAUGUAAACAGGCCGUUAAUCAAACGGUUUCCUGAAAAUAUGUUGAUCAUUUAAAACUCGUAUUAUUUCAGAAUGGUCUUUUGUCUGCUCUUCCGUUUGUUUGUAUGUGGGUAACGGGUAUCGGUUCUGGUCAGCUUGCGGACUGGAUGCGUGAAAACAAUGUAUUAUCUACUGGGGAGGUUAGGAAAGUUCUUGCUACAGGAGGUGAGUGUCUUUAAGAUCCACAUACAAAUUCUCCAGACUGAUCUCCAUACAUUUCUUUUAAGAAUAGCUGAGAGAAUUUGGUUUAAGAUCCCAGUGCCUUUGAUAGUGAAUUUAGUAAUUCUCAUCCCCGUCACUCUUGAUGAUCUGCUGAUGUUGUAAGGAGAAAAUUGAUGUCACUCUUGGGAGCAAAAGGGUUAAAAAUGAGAGCAAUAAUACAAAAGGUUCGUGAGGAAACAAGUCUCUUUGAAGUCGCCAGGUUAUAUCAUUUUAACUGGAUGAACAAGCAAUGUUUUUCCAAAUUAGGGAACUUGUCUGCCAUUCACACUUUUCACAUUGCCUAUAAUGCAUCUUGCUUCAAUUUACCCUUGACUUACUUCCACGUAAGAAUUGUUUUCAAUCCACCGCACGGAAAAAGAUGGCGGCUGUACAUUUUUCCACAAUUCCUUUCGAACCUAAUACGGCCAAAAUGGUAUUUUUUGGGGGCAGGGGGUGGGGGUGGGUGGGCGAAAUUAGUUCCUGUAAUAGCAACAUGACACGUGUGCAAAACGUCUGCGCAUGCGCAAGGUCUCUAUUUUCAAUAAUUUAAAUUUGCAAAAUCUUCCCCAUUUAAAUUGAAAAACACUUAGGAAUGUUUGAUAUGUUUAAUGGUUUGCAGCCGAUUCUAGUAUUAAGCACAACAAAAAAUUACUUAAACUAACUUAACUAACUGGUAAAGUCGUCCAGUACAAGGUUUUUCCGUCCUUGUUUUUCCACUUAGCAUGCAUUGGUCGUUUUCGUUGUUCGCAUUGACCGAGCUCAGCGACAUGAUGACCAAAACAGCGACAAUGGCUACGGCGAAGUGCUGCCAGAGCGAGCGUGGACUUUCAAACAUGAUUUUCGCCUUUGGUGCAAGGAGGAAAGUAUGUGGUGCGAGAGAGAAACUAAAGCAAUUAAUAAACUUUGUGUUCGUGAAAUUCUAAGCUUAUCUUUUGUGUGUGGAGCUUACUUUUUUGAAUUUCGCGGCCGGAAUCUAGUUUGUUUUGGUAUCGCGUAUAAUUUCGAUUGGGGGAGGCACAUGCAAAUUCGCGCCGGAAGCAGGGAAGGCACGCAUGCGCACUGCGUUUUUCACGCGUGUCUAGCAACAUUGCCUAUCCUAUAAAACUGGUCUCCAUGAGCUAAGAACUGUGGGUAAAUGUACCAGUCGCCAUCUUUUUAGGUACGGUGGAUUUUCCCUGGGUAUUGCAGUCGUCCCAAGAGAAAUGGAAGACAACGCUUCAAAAUCGUGGGGUUAAACAUGGUUAAGUAAGAGUAGUAUAGAAAUGGGGCAAUUGCAUGUAGUCUCCCUUCUUGUUGUUUUAUGGCACCACGUUCAUGUCCACACUACAAGCAAUAGUCAGUCAAAGGACUGACGACAGAUUGGGUUUCAUCGUAGGUAAAUGUUUGGAUGGUUUGCUAAUGGCCACCGGUCACUUUUUUGGCGGAUAGUCCAUACAUUGACUCUUGUUGAAACCUCUCUAGAACGGCCACCUUUCUACAUCGGCCACUUUCUUCUGUUCUCAAGGUUGUCGUUGUCGAGAGCUUCAACUUUAUCUCCAUGUAGACGUUCUGAUAAUUCUUUCCAGUUUCACUUAGUGAUAUGUUUCUGUAUCUCAGGUUACCUUAUACCUGCCUGCCUGAUGGUAGCUACAAGUUAUGUUGGCUGCAACUCCACCAGCCUGGCUGUUGUUUUAUUUUCACUGGCCCUAGGGGCCUCUAAUCUUAAUGCGGCUACCUACGGUGUCAAUCAUUUGGACAUCGCUCCUAGAUUCUCGGGAGUUCUGAUGGGAAUCACAAACUCAGCGGCACCAAUUUCAGGGAUCAUUGGACCGUUUGUAGUAGGACUGUUAAAGGACAAUCAGGUAUGUUUUUGGAGAAAUUAUUACAUUUUGUUCAGACGGGGCUGGUUCCAAGUAAUGGAUCUAACCUGAUAUUGGAUCGCGCCAUUUCUGUGCACAUGGGAUCGAUCUGUCGACGAAAACCGGCCCGUUGUUGUCCCCUUUUUAUGACAACAGUGAGUGAUUAGAGCAGUUUUCUAAUAAGUCGGGUCUUAAUUAUAAACGGUAAAAGCAGGUGACGAUUGAACGUUCUUGCAUUCAAUACGGCACAACUAACUCAGAGUACGGGGGAUGCAGUCUGUCUCUUUAUUUGAUGAGGUUUGCAAACACAGUCGUCAUUGUAACGUUUGAAAGGCUCAGGUUUUUGCCCGAUGUAUUCAGAGAAAAAUACUUCAGUCUCAUUAAGCAAAGAAUUAAGAACUCAACCAGUUUGUCAACUCGGUCUAUCAACUCCCCCCCCCCCACCUCCAGGGUUAAAAAUAUAGCAUGGAAAUUCCUGAAAUUUUCUUCGCUUUUCCUCGACACCAGACCUUCAAUAAGCAGUAACGGCUUUUGUAGAAGUGUGCACUACAAUCCUAUUAAUUGUCACGGUUGCCUCUCCCAUUUAUCUGACGCAUUUUUGGACUUCGACAACUAUUUAGUGAGUUUGUAGUGACGACUCCAUUUUCCCCCGACAUAUCAGAAUGGAAAAAAGACCCACUUUGUUUCAGUUUCAAUGUGUUUAGCACGAAAGUAAUAAUUGGGGACAAUAAGCCUCCCACUGGAGACGGGGCCGUCAUUUUAGGUGGUCAUCCUAGCUAGCCACUCGAAAGUCAGUCUAGCCGUUUGGAGCGCAAAGGCAUGCAAUACCUUCAUUUCUCAGUUAUUUUUUAAGACCUUGAGUAUUUCUCAGGGCCCCGAGAAUCGAACCCGCGACAUUCCGCUCUGUAGGCAAGCGCUCUACCGACUGAGCUAAUCCUUCUUUUGUCUGUGUCUCAUGUCUGUCUUUCAGUUGGCUUUGUUGCCGGAAAGGAAUAUAACGCGAAGACGGUUUCUCCGUUCGAUGUCAAAACGCGAUCGCUUCAGGCGCGUUAGAAGCUUGCAUCGACAUUAGCCUCUUGAGUUAUAUAUAUAAAAAAAAUUGUCAGUAACCCGAAAAUUACCCGCGUGAUGGUUAAUAUAGUGGAUGCUUAAAACACAAGAGUCAAAAAUGGAGCGGAGAGAAAAUGCUGUGACCACUUUUGAGUCUAUGGCUGAAAUCGAUCCUAUAGUGAGUAGUACGAAUUGAACAAAACCUCUUAAGCAGUACUUUAAAUUUAACAUGGUACAAUUCGUUUUCUGUAUUUUGUCAUUUUCUCUAUUUUCACUGUCACGGCCUCAAAAAUAAAAAUGCAAACCAUUCAAUAAAGAAAGUCCAGAAUAUGGGAAAUGAAAGAAGACAAAUGUACAAAAAGCCUCGCCAAGAAUCAGGUCUGUGCGAUAUUUCAUAUGCGAUAUAUUCGGAAAAAUGUUUUAUCCAAAUUUUUGAGGCUUUGUAUGGAGACGCCAUGUUAGUGUCUCUUUGAGGGGCACAAUUUUAACCCACAUAAGAGCCAGCUGAUGCCGCGUGACGCAAAAGCCUGGAAAUUCAAGCGUCUUCUAUUAUAAAACGAAAGCGAAGAACCCUUUUGAACCAAGAAUUUGUGUAAAUAGAGGUUUUUAAGUGCUGUAAUACCUCAUGAAAGCAGAAACUCACGGAAGAAUCGAUAGUUUCUUAGUUUGAAUUUUGGUGACGUCACUGGUCACGUGUUAGGAUUGAAAUGGUAAACUUAAAUGCAGACGUUGAGACCCAUAAGCGAAAACUUGCCGCGUUGUCCAUUGAGGAGAGCGGCUUACGUAACGACAUAAUGAUUCAACUACCAGUUGACCUACAGCCCGUACAUGUAUCAAACACGGCUCGGUUUCAUUAAUUGUAGUCGAUAGCUAACUGUCUCCUUUCCACAGCCGACAAGACUUCAGUGGCAGAAAGUGUUUUACAUAUCUGCUGGGAUGUACGUAAUCGGCUGGGUAACGUUUGUGCUUUUUGCGAGUGGUAAAGUCCAAGAGUGGAAUACACCUUGUGAAGACAAGUUCGCGCCAAUUGAUAUUCCCCGAGCUCCAAGGAUACCUGUUAUGGCGGAAAUUGUGACAAUAAAAAACUUGAACGAUCCGGUUACAGAAACUUCACAAUCUGCCGCCGAAUGCUAG